AGGAAUUUAUAUAUAUACAUAUAUGGCGAGAGAGAGAGAGAGAGAGAGAGAGAGAGAGAGAGAGAGAGAGAGAGAGGGAGUCGCUAGGGAGGUAAAUAAGUAGUUGUGGUAAAGAAAUGGAGAUCCAACUUUUGUGUUCAGGGGAACGACACGAAAAGUUGCCGGAAAAGUAUGAACGGCCUGAAUCCGAUAGGCCACGGCUGUCGGAGGUGUGUGGUUGUGACAAGGUUCCAAUCAUCGACUUGGGAUGCGAGGAGAGAGAGAUGAUUGUGAAGCAAGUGGAGGAGGCCUGCAAGUCCUACGGCUUUUUCCAGGUUAUAAACCAUGGUGUGAGAAAGGAAUUGGUGGAGAAAAUGAUAGAAGUUGGCAAGCUGUUCUUUGGGCUGCCGGUGGAGGAGAAGUUGAAAUUUUAUUCGGACGACCCUUCCAAGACUGUCAGACUCUCCACAAGUUUCAAUGUCCGGAAAGAGCAAUUUCACAACUGGAGGGAUUAUCUCAGACUCCAUUGCUAUCCUCUCUCCAACUACACCCCCCAUUGGCCCUCUAAUCCACCAUCCUUCAGGGAAAUAGUGAGUAAUUAUUGCAAUGAAGUACGAGAAGUUGGGUACAGAAUAGAGGAGCUGAUAUCGGAGAGCUUGGGGCUGGAGAAGGAAUACAUAAGGAAGGUGUUGGGUGAACAAGGUCAGCACAUGGCUAUAAAUUAUUAUCCUCCAUGUCCCCAACCAGAACUCACCUACGGGCUCCCUGGCCAUACGGAUCCCAACGCACUCACCAUUCUCCUUCAGGACAUCCAUGUCGCCGGCCUCCAAGUCCUCAAAGAUGGGAAGUGGCUAGCGGUCAACCCCCACCCCAAUGCCUUUGUAAUCAAUAUAGGCGACCAAUUACAGGCAUUGAGCAAUGGCAUGUACAAGAGCGUUUGGCACCGAGCGGUGGUCAAUGUUGAGAAGCCCAGGCUGUCGGUCGCUUCUUUUCUCUGCCCUUGCGAUGACGCCCUCAUUACUCCUGCACCGCCCCUCUCCCAACCUUCUCCCAUUUACAGACCUUUCACCUACGCCCAGUACUACAAUACUUUUUGGAGCAGAAACUUGGAUCAACAACAUUGCUUGGAACUAUUUAAAAACCACCCUCCUUAAAAAAUGAACUCCAUUUUUUUAUCCUUUAGUUAUUACGGUUGGAAUUAUAGAAAAAAAAAAGAAUUAAUAAGUUUUUUUUAGCAAAUUUCCUAACAACCGCCAUUUUAUUUCUACUCUCCGCUGUGUUAUGAUUUUCACGUACACUAUAUUUUAAAUAUAUCAUACAUUUGUAAGACCAUUGAAUUUUUGAUA